AUGCCGAAACGAAAGCGCACCUUUGAGGAGCUCCUCAAUGACACCUGCGGCGCUUGUCAUCAGCCUUUCAAGACGACGCAGGGCCUCUGCGCCCACCAGAGCAUGAGCAAAAAAUGCUCCUGGUACAAGAAAGGAAAAUUGAAAGCGUUGACAGUCGGAACGUCAAGUCCACGGGACAACGAUGGCCAUCCUCGGCACCCCCCAGACUAUUCACAUGAAGAGGAUGAAGAGGAUGAUGGCAAUGGCGAAGGAGAGGACGAUGAACUGGACUCACUGUUCGAUUUUAUUGAGGUCUGUGCGCCUUCGAAGCGGCCUGUUGAUCCAGGAGGAAAUGCAGACGCACCCGGGCCGUCGACUGCAGGGCCUUCGACCGCAUCGACUCUGAAUGCAAGACGUACGGCGCUCUCUCUGGACGACGAUGACGAUGAGCGAGUAGUGGAUGAAGAUGAAGAGGCAGGCACGAAGAAUCCAUGGGCGCCAUUCGAGUCUGAGAUGGACUGGCGAUUCGCCUCAUGGGCUAUCCAGGAAGGACUUACCUUGGGAUCUAUUGACAGGGCAUUAGAGAUUCCUGGGUUCCAGGAGAGACUCGGCCUCUCGUAUCACAACAGUCGCUCUCUCCUGCAACGCGUGGACUCUCUUCCUGACAGGGCUGAGUGGAUGGAACGAUGCCUCUCGUUCAAGGACCGUCCAAACGAGAAGCAUCUUCUCCAGUUCCGCGAUAUUAUUCAAGCAAUCAGGACUUUGCUAGGAAACCCGGAGCAUGCCGAUCACAUUGUCUAUCGACCUAGGCGGAUUUUCUCUGAUGCGUCGAGGACACAUCGCCUGUACAACAAAAUGUGGACGGGGUGUUGGUGGCACGCUGUCCAGGUGAGUGGUCAGCAUCAGUUUGCAUAUACCGAUUGCUGA